AUGGCUAAUAAUCUCGGUUUAUUGUGCAUUUUAGAAGCUAAAGUAAACAAUGAGUCGAUUAAUGACCUUUGGUUUGUCAAUUCACAUAAGAUUUUUAAUACGGAAGAAAGUAUUAAUAACUUUGAGCAUUCUAAUCCAGGUAGGAUCUGGAUUAAAUGGAACCCGUCUAUUAUCACCUUCUCUCCCCUCUUUAUUGCUUCACAAAUCAUACAUGGCACUGUCAAUGUUGGUACUCAACCUCCCGUUUUAAUUUCUGUUAUUUAUGCUGCUAAUAAUGUUAAUGAUAGGAACAUUUUAUGGGAUCAGUUGAGAAAUCUGGUGCCGGAUCCCUCUAUGGCCUGGGUUAUCAUGGGUGAUUUUAACUGUUAUAGAUCUGAGGAUGAGAAAUCCGGAGGCCAGAAUUCCCAUAAUAGUCAGUUGGGUGAGCUUAACAAAGUCAUUUUUGAUUGUGGUCUUCUUGAUUUAGCUUCUGUUGGACUUUUUUAUACCUGGUAUAACCAAAGACUUGAUUCUCCUAUUCAUAUUAAACUAGAUAGGAUGCUUACGAACAAUGCUAUGCUUGAGAGGUUUCAUGAUGCUUUUUAUAAAAUUCUUAAAAUUUCUCUUAAGAGUAAAAAUUGGUCUUCUUCCUGCUAUCUUUUAGACGCUAUUAAUGAUUUAAAGUAUAAGCAACAACAAUAUAUUGUGGAUUUGCAGGAGAACCCGUUGAACAGGAAUUUAAAUUUACUUUAUAAACAGUCUUGUGACAAUCUGAAUAUUCUUAGCAAUGCUUGGACCUCUUGGUUGUCCCAAAUAGCUAAGACUAAUUGGCUAAGGAAUGGUGAGAAUGAUCUUGGUUUUUUAUUUGCUCAUAUAAGAUCUAGAAACAAUAUUAAUGUCAUCAAAGAGAUCUCUACCUCUGAGGGCAAGUUUGAUAACAAGGCUAGUAUUGCUGAUGCUAUCAUUAAACAUUUUAAAGAAGUUUUUAACUCUCCCAAACCUGUUAAUGAGAAUGAUUUCAAUAUUCCUGUUGGCAACAUUAUACCCUCGAAUUUAGUUGAUUCUUUAACUUUGCCGUUUACUGAUUUAGAUAUUAAAAAUGUGGUGUUUAACGGUUCCUCUUCCUCUGCCCCUGGUCCUGAUGGGCCUAUUUCGUUAUGCAAUGUUUUUUAUAAAAUUAUUGCUAAGCUUUUGGCUAAUCGCAUGAAGACGGUCUUACCUUUUAUUAUUCACGAGAGCCAAGCGGGGUUCAUUCAUAACAGAAGCACCAAUGACAACAUUCUGCUUGCUUCUGAAAUGCUUAGAGAAUUUAAUUUUAACAGCAAUCUUUUUUGUGCUAAGCUAGAUAUCAAGAAGACUUUUGAUACUGUCUCUCGUAAUUUUCUGAUUAAUAGGAUGAGGCAUAAAGGUUUUCCUGAUGUGUUUAUUAAUUGGAUUAAAUGCUGUAUUUCUAAUGUGCAUUUCUCUAUUUGCCUGAACGGGUCCUUGGAGGGGUUUUUUAACUCCUCCUCUGGCCUGAGUUAA